GUCGCGCAGCAAGUGCUCUGCCCAGCCCCGAAUUUCCUCAUACAUCGCCACCAUGGAGGUAGACAGUGACAAUGGUCUGCUCAGCAGAGUCGCAUUAGGCACCCCAGUUGAGAUAGACACCUGGCCUGGCUUGCGCAGUGACAUGCUCGCGCGACUUGAACAGAUCGCACACAACGAGUUCCCCAUCCCCAAUUUUCCUCCUCCCCAGGCCGCCCCCCGGCCCACCUCCGAACCACACGUGUCUCCGCUCCCAUCGUCACCUCUGGAUCAGGCUUCGCAAGAAACCAACAAGGAAAAUGCGGCCACCGAGUCGCUGCCGGCGACCCAACCCGUCGACUCAGGCGCGCUUCCAAAGCAGCUCGCUGACAUGCUGACCGACAUCACCACCCACCUCCAGACCUUCAACACAUGCCCGCCGCACACCGUCCAACGACUCGCCGAGCUGAUCCUCCAGCCCCGUGCGCACUACAGGGCGCUGGCCACCUACCUCCAUGCCGUCGACAGGGUGGUCCAGGUAACAUCCGGGAUUAGUACCUACCCUCUUCCCCCGGCCAUCCCAGACAUGUCUUCCAUGCAUCUCAAUGGCGAGGACGCCAAGGACCCCGCUGUAACAGUUGCCUGGAGUAAUCCCACGACAGCUGCCUUGGGGACGGACGAGGCCUUAGGAGGAGCUCUUUUGACCCCUAUUCCAUGGCUGACGAGACGGAGUCCCGAGGAGACCAAUCAUGAUACACCCGGCGCGCAGAUUCACAGCGAGAGCACCGAAACGAUUGAUGGCCCUAAUGGCGUCGGCAGUAUUGAAACCGUCUCUGUGAGCGUUAAUGGUGUUCCGUCGACUGGGCACGCAAGGGGUGUCACUCAAGGCGAGCUCCUUCGACAGGAGCAGCGAGCAGGAGUCGUCCCGGUCAGCCAGCUUUCACGCGCCCAGGAAGCCAUGGCUGAAGAGGAGCGCACUCAGGCGGCGGAGGGCGAGGAUGGGGAACCACGAGAGGAUGAAGAGACGCCACAUGCAAGAGGGCCCGAGGAGAUUGGCGUCAACGACACAGGCCUCCAGGCUACCACGACAAGCUACGUCGGCGAGGACGGUCUUGAAAUGGAGGGCAUUGACGUUGAAGCAGCAGUUGGGAGGAAGCAUAACGAAGAAACGAGUGCAGAACAGAAUGGGGAUGGUGGGAAUGAAGCCAAGAGCCCUAGCGCAGAGAGCGUAGGGACGAAGCGUGAGGCAGAACAAGACCUAGAGAGUGAGUCUUCAAAGAAGGCCAAGGAGGAUGCGGGAGAUGGGGACAAAGACAAGGAUGAAGCCGAUGCUGAUGCCACUGAAAAGGAAACUGAGGAAAAAGAAGCAGCGGUCUCUGCUGAAGAAGCCACUCCGGAUGAGGAUGGCGACAAGAUGGACACGAAAUAGGAGGUGGGACUGGCUGGGCCGGGACAGGGCUCACGAUGAGAUUGAAUGAUACCACGAGGCAGAUUUUGGAAUUGUACCACCAAUAGAUUCACUUGGAACUAAUAGAAAAUGCCAGUCGGCGUUUGCUCCCAGA